AGUCGCAAAUUAAUUCAGUAUCCUCCAAAUUGUGUGAGAAGUGUGUUUGUCAGUGAAACUAGUGAAACUGGUGAAAGUGCAACAACGAAAGGAAAGCAACCCGUCUUCUGAAUGUGUCAACUUUCGCAACACGUAUACGGAAAAUAAAUUGGUGGGAAGUGUGCAUUCAUCGCAAAGCGGGGUCAUGGGUUCCGCGAUUCAACCAACGCCAAAAAAAGGCUUCCGAAUGGAGAAAGCUGGAUUCCCCUUUCCCAACUUUCUCCUAGGGGAUCACGAAGUUCCAUCAAUUUGCAGAUGUGUCUUUGACGGGGAGAAAUUUUAUGUGCUCAGUUCUAAAGAUAUGCAUACUCUCAACCAUAAUGGUGCUUUUGGGGUCAGCAGCUUAACAUAUAGAGGCCCUAGUGAAGACAAUCCAUCUUUCUACUUCAAACCAUAUUUCGCCAAAAAAAUUGAAAGAGAGUCUGCAUCAUCAUUGAAUAUCUUUCCUGGUGGUGAAACUACACAGGAAGCUUUCUUCGAGUUGAUUAAAGCAACAGACUUGGCUACAUCUUCAUCAAAAAGUAGACUCGAACGAAAUGGACACCACAAGUCAUCAACCAAUAAUUUUUCUCAUUCUACACAACAACUGAAAAAAUGCAAUUUAACUUUACGACGAUCGCAGCAGCAUGCCGACAAUCAUAAUUUAUCAGACGAUGUCAUGAGUGAUAAUGAAGAUCUGGAUGGAGACCUAAAACAGCAAAAUGGUUUUGAGAUGAGUGUUGAUGGUUGUACAAAAAGUGAUUUAUUUCUACAAACCUUACGAUGCAACAUUGAAGAAGAAAGACUGAUUUUAAUGCCCGAAGAAGCCAUAUUUCUUAGUUUUGGGGUGGGAUGUCUCACAAUCCAUGGGCCAAGUGGGGGUUCCGUUGGGUAUAGGAAAGUGUGGAGAAGACUAGUAGAAAAAAAUCCAGAGUUUCCUAUAUCCUAUGCAGCGUAUCAUUAUUUUCGGUCAAAAAAUUGGGUGCCAAAACUGGGAGACUCGUAUGGUGCUUCGUACCUUCUUUAUAAAAUUGGGCCAUCAGCGUAUCAUGCAUCUUACCUCGUGCAUAUUUUGGGAUUUCCGUCUCGUCCUUCUCCUACCUGGAAUCAACUAAAUGCGUGGGUACGACUAGGGUGUCACGCCAGCAAGAAUGUGUUAUUAUGUGAAGUUUCAGUACCAAUACGAUUUGACGCAGUUACUUCAGAACCACGCUCGAUAUUUGACAUGUCUUUACACGAGACAUGUCUAUUUAGAUGGAAAGCGAACUCUGGGACGUUAAUCAAAUUUUAAUGUCUAUUGUUAUUAUUCCUAUGUGUUCCUUGUAUUCAAAAGACGAUUAUUAGUAUUUUAUUUUUACAAAAUCAAUUAGAGUUGGAAUAAACAAGUCCUUGAUAUUUAUUGUGAA